CAGAUUUAAUUUUAAGACAUAUAGGCUAGCCAAGGAUUGGAAAUCAAUACAAGUCCAUAUAGCUAGGAGCAAUUGCAGCUCACAGCAUGGCUAAUAACGGGUCAUACAGCAAUGAUCGCUCCUCCGCGAGUGCGGACAUCGACUAUGCCACUGAUCCUGCUUCAGGAAGUUUUUUCAACUCCGAUUACAAAAAACAUGAAGAUCUAAAGCAAAUGCUGGACAUGAACAAAGAUAGUAUGAAGUUGGAAGCUAUGAAAAGAAUCAUAGGGAUGGUUGCAAAGGGCAGGGACGCUUCCGACUUGUUUCCAGCUGUAGUGAAAAACGUUGUGUCUAAAAACAUAGAAGUCAAGAAGCUGGUGUACGUUUACCUAGUCAGAUACGCAGAGGAACAGCAAGACCUGGCGUUGCUCUCCAUCUCUACUUUCCAACGAGCUCUAAAGGACCCUAACCAACUGAUCCGAGCCAGUGCUCUGCGAGUGCUGUCAAGUAUCCGAGUUCCAGUUAUUGUUCCGAUUGUUAUGUUGGCCAUCAAGGACUCUGCAUCAGACAUGUCUCCAUAUGUCCGGAAAACUGCUGCUCAUGCCAUCCCAAAACUUUACUGCCUAGACCCUGACCAGAAGGACGAGCUGAUUCUUGUCAUAGAGAAGCUGCUGUCUGACAGAACCACGUUGGUGGUGGGUUCGGCUGUCAUGGCGUUUGAGGAGGUGUGUCCCGAGAGAAUAGAUCUGAUCCAUCGCAACUACCGCAAGUUGUGUAACCUGCUGGUGGACGUGGACGAGUGGGGACAAGUCAUCAUUAUCAACAUGCUGUCCCGCUAUGCUCGCACACAGUUCAUUGACCCCAACAUUGAUGACGCAGGAAUAGACUCGGAUGACAACAAGCCCUUCUAUGAUGAUGAAGAGGAGCCCAAGACCAAGAAGCACACAGUCAGUCUGGAUCCUGACCAUAAGCUACUUCUACGCAAUGCAAAACCCCUUCUGCAGAGCCGCAAUGCAUCUGUAGUGAUGUCAGUAGCACAGUUGUACCAUCACCUGGCUCCUCGCAGUGAGGUUCCCGUGGUGGCCAAGUCCCUCAUCAGACUGCUGAGGUCUCACAGGGAAGUUCAGUCGGUUGUGCUGCACUGUAUCGCCUCAAUCGCCACCGUCAGAAAGGCCAUGUUUGAACCUUUUAUGAAGAGCUUCUUUGUCCGCACAAGUGACCCAACACACAUCAAACUGCUCAAGCUGGAGAUAUUGACCACCUUGGCUACUGAGAGCAGCAUCUCCUUCAUCCUACGAGAGUUCCAAACCUACAUCUCAAACCCGGACAAGGAGUUUGUAGCUGCUACAAUACAGGCAAUCGGAAGAUGUGCGUCUAACAUCAAGGAAGUGACGGAUAGCUGCCUCAGUGGACUAGUCUCAAUGUUGUCCAACAGGGAUGAGGCAGUGGUAGCAGAGAGUGUUGUAGUGAUCAAGAAGCUACUACAGUCCCAGCCCUCGCGUCACAAAGACAUCAUCUCGCAGAUGUCCGCCCUGUUGGACUCCAUCACUGUGCCGCAGGCGCGAGCCUCCAUACUGUGGCUGCUGGGGGAGUAUAGUCAGCUGGUUCCCAACAUAGCGCCUGACGUGCUCAGGAAAAUGGCAAAGUCCUUCAUUCAGGAGGAGGACAUAGUUAAACUUCAAGUGUUGAACUUGGCAGUGAAGUUGUACCUGACCAACCCAGCCCAGACCAGACUGUUGUGUCAGUAUGUGUUUAGUCUGGCGAGGUACGACCAGAACUACGACAUCCGCGACCGCUCUAGGUUCCUGCGACAGUUUGUGCUCACUGAGAACCCUCUGUCGCAGUACGCCAAGCAGAUAUUCUUGGCCACCAAGCCAGCGCCUCAGCUCAUCUCUAAGUUUCAAGACCAAGAGGAGCUACAGCUGGGUUCCUUGUCUCACUAUAUCAACACGAGAGCGGCUGGCUACCAUGAUCUGCCUCAGUUCCCUGACGUGGCUCCGAGCUCUAGUGAACGUAACGUUGCAGACACCUCCACCCCACCACCUGCCACCCAGGACACAGACUACCCUCCGCAGAAACAGCAGAAGAAGAAGAAGUCAUUCUACUCUGAGAGUGACAGUUCACCGCCUGAUGAAUCCGAGGGAUCAGGAGAGAGUUCUGAAGGUGAAGAAGAUGGGGAGGAAGAGUCUGGAGAUGAAGAAGAUUCCUCGGACAGUGACAGCGAGUCUGAGACUGAAUCAGGAAGUGAAGAAAAUUCUCAGAAGAAACCCAAACCCAAAAAGGAAGAAAAGGAGGCAGUAGAGAGUGAAAGUGAGAGUGAGGAUUCUUCAGAAGAAGAUAGUGAAGAAGAAGACAGUUCUUCAGACACUCCUGUCGCUGUGACCCCAGUGAAGAAAAAACACACUACCACACCUUCAAGUGCAACUAAAACUGUUAACAAAAGUGCAACAGCAACUGCCAAGAGUAAUUUGGAUCUCCUGCUAGACUUUACUGAAGAAGCCCCAACGAUGACGCCUCUGAUGACUCCGUCUUUAGGUGGGUUUUUGACUCCCCUUGUAGCUACCCCAACGUCACAAAAUGCAGCUACAGCUGGGAUACAGGUGGCCAGUGCAGCAUACAUUCCAGCCAAGAGUAUCGAGGUUCUUAACAAAGUCAGCGGGGGAGGCCUCGGUGUUAGUUCUAGGUUCACGCGAGCUCCACAUCUGUUUAGUCCCACCAUGACCUCAGUUCAGUUGACGUUCACCAAUCACACGACGGCACCUCUAACAGACAUCAGAGUCGCCAACAAGACGGUAUCGGCUGGCAUGGAGGUUCAUGACUUUGCCCCAGUAGCAUCGUUAAGCCCCAACUGCGCGGCGCAAGGCACUCUAGGUGUCGCGUGGAACGACUCUACGCAGCCUGUGACACUGGAGCUGGCCUGGGAGCAGGGAGGGAGUGCAAGACUGACUCUCAAACCGCACGUGGGGGAACUGCUGCGACCAGUCACCAUGCCUGUCACACUGUUCACCUCCGAGCAAGGCAAGUUACGAGGGAUGAAUGAACACUCCGCCAGCGUCUCCUGGUCCAGGGACAGUGCUGCGCUCUCUGAGAGGGUUCUGGCAGCUGCUAAUGUUGCUCCCAUCCUGACUGUCGAACCCAACAUCCUCAGGUUUGCAGGACAGACUCUAGCGUCCAAGUCCCUAGUCCUGGUGACGUGCCAAUGUCUCCCCGACACUAACUCUGUACAGCUGACAGUCAACUGCGAGAAGAUGGUGGUUGGCUCUAUGCUACUCAAUGAGAUCAAGAAGUACAUCUUGAAUCCUGACUCGUAACAUUAACUUGUGUAAUCAAUUUGUCAAAUCAUAUUUUAGCUUAUAUGUUCUUAAAUUUAUCCUUAAUUGUUCAUUAUAUAAGAUUUAUACUAUGUAAUAGGAUAUAUUAGGGGGCAAGCUUUAUAAUAUGUUAAAAGAUUGAAUACUAAAUGUUUAGUUUGUUAUGUUUUGUACAGUUUACAUCUUUGGAGUUAUUG